UUUUUAUUUUGAUAACAAAAAAGAAAUAAACAAAAUAAGAUUCAUAAAAUAAAAACAAACAGCACUGGCUAAACCAUAAAUAAUAUAUACUUAUACCUAAUAAAAAUAAUGUAUAUAAUUGAGCAAAACUAAAAUAAAAUGAUGAACAAGUGUUCCACAAAAACAAAAUUUUUUCGUUCUUAAAAAUCUAUAAAAAAAUGAAUGCAAUUAUUGAAGAUGCAAUAACAAUGACUUUUGAAAAACAAUCUUGUAAUCAAGAUAAAAGUUUUUGCUCGAAAGCAAGUCAAACUGAAUGCCGAAAUCUGUUCAAAUGUGGUGAAAUAUUUAUUUCUGCAAACGAUGAACUUUUACUUAAUUGCAGUUUUUGUGAAAAAAGCAGUAAAAUAUUAGACUCUUUUUGGGAUCAUUUGCUAGGUGAGCAUUCAUCAACUACUAACAAAAUCAAAUUAGAAAUACAAUCCAAAACAACAAAUGAAAUAAGUCAUAAAUACCCAAAUACGUAUGAGAAAAGUAAACCCGAUGGUGAAGUAUACACAAAUAACGAAGACCAUGAUAUUAAAUACAAUAGGUUCAAUGAUUUCAAACUACCAAAUAUUAUCAAAGAAUCUACAAAUUGUGAAUCACAACUUAAUAAGACUGAAGAUCUCAAUGUUGAAAAAGGGUAUUGGCAAUGUAACGUUUGCCAAAUCAUUUUAAAAAAAGGCAAUGACAGAAAAUUGCACGAAAAAACUCAUAAAGGUUUAAAAAAAUUAAUAUGUGAAACAUGCGGUAAGGCAUACACAACGAGACGACGCUUAUUAGAUCAUAUGCGUUCGCAUACUGGAGAAAGACCUUUUAAAUGCCGUUUUUGUCCGAAAACAUUUUGUUCAAAUAGUGGUUUAAAAUCACACGACAAAACACAUUUUGGAGUAAAACCAUUUCAGUGUGAAUAUUGUGAGCAUCGCUUUAGAACAAAAUUCAACAAACAAGUUCAUGAGCAGAAGCAUCAUAAGGAUAAGCUAAUUAAUAUUGAAACAGAAAUUGAUUCUAAUAUAGCUUGCAAAUUAUGCAACAAAACUUUUAAAUGUACUGAAUAUCUUUUAAGACAUUUAAAACGUCACGAGGAAAACUUAAAUAAAAGUUCUCUGAAACCAUUUGAAUGCAAUUUUUGCCCAUCUACCUUUUUUUCUAAAUUUAGCAGAAAUGCUCAUGAAAGGUUAAAUCAUAAAGGGGAAUAUAACUACAAGUGUGAGUUUUGCGGUAAGGCAUUUUUGAAAUUAAGUAGAAAACGGCAGCAUGAAGAAACACACACUCGCAUUGAAAACCCUUAUAAAUGUGAUUUAUGCGAACGUGCAUACGCAAGAUCCAUUACAUUAAAAAAACAUAAACUUGCUAAACAUGCAAAAGACUCGCCUUAUUAUUGUAAAGUAUGUCAAACUAGAUUUGAAAGCAUUAUUUUGUUUAAAGAACAUUGCAAGCAGCAUUACAUUGAAGAAAAACUUCAUGGUUGCAAAUAUUGUGAAGCUCGAUUUGAUACGCAAAUAAUUCUGGAUAGACAUAUAAGUAAAAUGCAUAAAAAUAUUGGAAAACAAGUAGAUGACAACUAAUGAAGCAUAUUAGAUAUUCUAAAGUAUUAAUAAACCAUUAGUACCCACAUUUUUUGCAAAUUAACUGCUUUUGUUGUUGGACAUUUUAACAUUGAAGAUGUAAUAAUCUGAACGUUUGAAUAUCACUGUAAUUGUGAAAUAGUUAACAUUCAUAAGGAAAAAAAAUGCAUAUAAAAAUAUAAAACUUAAUAUUCUAUCACAAUAAAUUGCAAAAGACUCACCUCCAAUUCGUAAAGAAGGAUUGGAGAACAAAUCGUAAAAUACUGAUCUCAAAAAAAUUUUAAA